AUGCUUCCUUGGCAGGUGAGUGUGUCCCAACUACGCCUGGUAUUAUCGUCAGAGGCCAAAUAUGUGGACAAUUAUUUAUCCGAUGAGUAUGUGGCAUGUAGAAUCUUGGAUGGGCUGUAUGAUUUCACAUUCGGAGUGGAAAGGAACUUACCUGUGGGUAUAAGCGGGGACAUUGUGGAUGAGAUAGACAAAUUUCAUGAAGCCUCAGAAAACUAUUCACCCAUAUUAUGGCCUCCUGAAGGGGAAAAUGCCAAGUAUUUAAUCCCCAAAGCAGUAGUAUUUGACUGCAUCCAAUCUCUAUGGACAAAUAUACAUAAUCGUUAUGUAUAUGCUGAGAUUUAUGGCAAGUGUUCAGGCCACCCUUUGGCAUUUCCAUUCAAUGAAAUUAACUCACAAAAACUGUGCGAUGUACCAUAUAGGGAAAUAACAGAUACUUUGUGGACCAUCUGUAAAAUUUGCAAUGGAGAACUUUUAUUCAACGAUGAAUCCAUUGAAUCAUACUACAUUUUCCAAUUUAGUAAUGUUGAAGGAUUACAGAUGGAUUUAUGGAAGAGAUUUAAGGGGCUUGAUCAUAUGUCCAGAAAUUUACAUAGGGAUUCUGUGGAAUAUCACUAUAAGAUUUUGACCCUGCAGACCAGGAUUAUUCAGACAAUUUUGGCUAUGCAGUCUUUUAAUAGGGUCUCUAUAAACGCACAUCUGCUGGUGGAAUCAUUAAUAACCUAUUUCCAAAAACAAGACUGCGCGAUGAUGUAUGCAAAUGAUGAAUUGUCUAAUGCACUCAAUCACUUAAAUAUACAUAUGAUUUGUUUUCUCUGCUCGGUGACCAAAUUAGUACAUGAGGGUAAAGUGCUUGGAAGAGAUAAAUCACAACUGUUAAAUCAAUUAUCCGAUAUCAAUACGGAUUGGCAAAGCAUACCAAACUAUACUCUGCCCUUUGUCGUUCGCUGUUUGGAUGGGGAGCCUAUUACCAAGGACGAUAUUUCUGACAUACUUUUACCCUUGUGCACCGCAUUGGCCAAGGUUGUACAAGAUGAGCCAGUGUUUUUGGCUGCUACGAUUUCUUCACUCGUAUCUCUGCUAAAUAUAAUCCUCUCAAACUGUAAUAUCGAGUUCCUUGUCAACUAUUUGACUGAUGAGUUAAAUUCAAGUGCCCUAUUCGCCGAGUCAAUAGGAAAGAUAUUACAAUAUGCUAGCUUUGACAAAUGUGCGAUUUGGAGCAGCGAAGCUGAUAAUCCUUAUUGGGGGUUCAAAAACUUGAUCAGACAUUGCAUGACUAGGUUGCCAAAGCACUUGGACAUGUUUUUGUUCCUUUUUGCCGGGGCCAUGCCUAACAAGAAUUUCACUGAGAUGCAUGUGACAAUGGACACUUUUGGAUCUUUGUUUUCUAACUCUGCUGAUUUUCCUACCAUUACCAAUGAAAGCAAUCCGGUGGAAAUUGUAAAACAAAUUUUGUUCUCCCCGCUUAUGCAUCUGGUUUGCUCGUCAAAAAGGGUCAAUUGUAGUUCUCUUUUCAACAACAUUAGUGAUGAAAAGAACCAUGACAGCUUAAGCAAAGAACCAACAGGAUCCCGCACCAAGGGCACCCUUAGUAGCAACAAUAGCAAAGAUUUGGGAUUUCCCAAUUCGACGUUUUCCAAGAUAGAGACUGUCGCAUCGGAAAAGUUGUUGAUAGUACAGGAUCUAAUUUUGCAGGAUUUGGGGUUUUCACAAUAUGAAUUGAUAGAGAAUUGGGAUAGGUGGGAGUUUGGCCAGCGUAUUAUUUGCAUCCCCAUCGGUACGACCAUUACCUAUGAAAAUCGUACAUUGUCAAUCGAUCUUAAAAAUGCCAUUACUGUAAAUAGACAUUAUAACGAUAGCAGGAAACACAACAUAUCGUUUUCUAUAGUGCACAUGGCAUGGCUAGCGUGGCACGCCAUUAGGUGCAAGAAAAGCAUCAACAGGUUUUUAUCAGCCUGCAACGCAUUCUUUUCCAGACUUAUCGAGAUAUAUCCCACAAUAUCUAGGAUAAUGGAGCUGGUGCUAUCAACCGACUUUUUUCCCGAUCCAACCAGCACCUAUUUAUUUGGUCCAGCCAACUUUGUUUAUCACUUGGGAAGAAGCUAUCAGGAUGGCGUUUAUAUGCACUCUAUAACCGCGGCCCUCAAAGCUGUUCUUGAAGAUGAUCCUGAACUUGCCACUAUCCACUGUAUAAUAUUUCUAUAUGGCAUAGAAGACCCAGACUACAUGAUUAGCAGCAGCGCGAUGUCUAACCUGAUAGACGUUAUCUCUGAACAUGUACACGAUUGGAACGUAGAAUUUUCAACCUUAGCCCUGGAGACCUUGAAGACUUGCAACGAAUCUUACACAGCGAGAUUAGAGUAUUACUUUGGGCUGAGACAUAACUUUAACAAUUUUGACGUCUUUUGGCAGAUCAGCACUCUCACCAAGCUAGCCAAGAAUUUGAAUAGUAACAAAAUAACCUUCAGCCGACAAGAUGUCUACGCAUUUUUUUCAAUCUCAGACUACAUGAUUGAGGUGUUGAUUCGGGAAGAUUUACCCCCUCAUAUGAUAAGGGAGAUUUUACUGGCUCUGGGACAAACGGAUCUUCUGGGAUUGGCGCAAGAUGUUAUAGGCCAUGAGUUGGCUUCCUUUUCCAGUGGAGAUAAGACGGUUCUGGUUACAUUUAAUCAGUGGCAACGAUUGUUAUAUACUCAUAAUAAGCAGAAGGAGUGGGGAAAGCUGUACAAAUGCGCAUUGAAGCUACUUACCAAUAUUGUUAAAAUUAGUCCUCUAGUGAAUGUUAAUAUGCUGGAUAGCUGUCAAACUGAACCGAAUUCGGUGGGCCUCGUUGAUUCCCUUAUUGCUGGUUUAUGUUUAUCCGGGUUCAUGGAAUCGCAUGGCACUGCAAUUUUGAAGCUUCUUCUCGAGUUGGGUAUUUUUUGUACAAAGAGCAACGAAAAGAAUAUCGCGGAAAAUAAGCACCCAAAGAAUUUGUGUAACACUUGGGGCAUGCGGAUUAAACCUGCAAUUAACUAUCUAAUGACCCAGGGAAAACUUGAUCCAUGUGACAUGUUCAAAUAUGAGAUCAAUCAAAUUGACCUCACUGAUUUACUUUGCCAUUUUUGCUUACAUACAGAUCCAGAGUCUCCUAAUCCGGUGCAACAGGAAAUAUCGCAGGAGAAUAAGUGCCUAAUCCUCAAAAUAUUGGCAACAGAUGGAUUUGACAAGAAAAAAUACUCUUUAUUAGUUACAACGCUAUUGGAAACUAAUAGUGAUAUAUCCCUUAUCCACCCGUGCCUAGAACUUGAUUGCGAUUUCCCAGACAAUCUGUUGCUGGACAUAGCUUACAGGUUGAUUGAAAAGCCAGAUAUUAACAUUGGCAAGUGCUUAUCUGUUCUUAUAAAGCAUGCUACCAAAAAUCCAGGUACUGAUUUUGGGCAAUUUGUGUUUAAAAAUCACAAUUUUGUGGAUGCAGCUAUAUCGUUCAGCUCCACUCAAGUGUCCGAGGACAUAUUGAACCAAUUACUGCUUAUAGAGCCAAGUUUGACUUUGAAAUACGGUAUGAAUGCACUCAUAGCAUUGCAAAACAAUGCGGAGCCUAGUGAUAAAUUGGCGAAAUUGCUGGGCAAAACAUUGCCUUUGGCUACAGCCAAAGAUUUUAACGAGUUUGCGAAGCGCAUUGAUCAGGAGUCUCUGAGUGAGGUAAUAGCGCUGAUAAUCCACAAAUCAGCAAUGCAACUCGUUUUAAUUGAGUUAAUCCCUACACUUGUGCGUUGUUUAUCAAUUAUCUCUUCUUCGUGGUUCGAACUCACCAUGGCCUUUACCAUUAGGGUACUAUCCGUCAACCUUAAGCAUCCAAACGUGGAGCAGAUUUUUUGCGAGUUGAUGGAAUCAAUUCCCGAUAGUUUUUUUCAGGGGUCAAAUGACAUACAGAGUGCUUUACUUGAAUUGGUGGACAAGGCGAGUUCACGUUCACUUGACAACAUAUCUUCCAUCUUUAAAUCACUCACUAUCGCCAUAUCUAAGGGGUCUAAGGAAUGCAAAAAUGCGAUAUCUAAGAGCAAAAUAAUCCAAUUAUUUUACGAAGAUAACAUGAAUUGUAUACUUAACAACGAGCUUAAUCACUUGGAAAUGCAUUUACAAGUGUUACAACUGGCCUGCCAGGUACUGGAGAAAAAUGCUCUACUGAAUUUAUCCUCUGUGCUUAUGCCUAGGAUGGCGUACAUAUUUACUGACAUUGCGAGGGAUGAAUCGGAUGAAGCACUUGUAUACACUAAGUUGUUAACAUUUUUACCUAGUUAUUCUAACAUCUCAAUUCAGCAACGGGGUUUGGUGGAGGAUUUGUAUAAAGUGGCUGCUGCUUUUGUCGAACAAUGCUGUUCACGCAUUAAAAAUGAAAUAGAAGACUCUGUCUCUAUCGUAGCACUUGAAAGUUUCUUAAAGGCUCUCUAUAACUGGCAAUGUGAAUCGGAUCACAGUAGGCGCUGCGUCCUGAAAUGUAUGGAAGUGGAGACAAUUUUUGUGUUAUUUGAGGCUUGUAUAAGUGCAGGAAAUGCACUUUUAUCUACUUAUACUCGCAAUAGGAAUGCGAAUAUUUUGUGUAUAAUGGAAAAGGCAAUACUAUCCAGCCUAUUUGCAAUCAACAGUUUCAUGGACAAGGGGAUUAUCAAAUCUACCAACAUUUUGACUAGCGAGAUUAAGAACAUUUGUAAUGGUGGGCCUCUGGCGGGCAAGGAUUUUGACUCGGAUGCUAGAGCACCUAAGCUGGUUAGCAAAUUCAUACUUUAUCUAAAGGAUUGUAUUACUACAGACUCAAUUCCAGAUUCGAAUAAACGUUUUAUCGCAGAAAUACUGCAAUUCACCAGAUUUGGACCAAUGCCACUAUGA